AUGGCGCCAACUACGGGUGUCAUCUCCGACGUGGAGGCUAUGGGCGAUAAGGCCGAGAUGACCCAUGAAGAGCUGGUGCAUCUGGCAAAGUUGACGGACGAAGAGAAAGUCCUGGAGAAGAAACUGUUGCGUCGGAUCGAUUCCCUUAUCAUGCCGCUGGUCGUGCUGGUUUACCUGUUGAAUUAUAUUGACCGAAACAAUUAUGCUGCUGCGAAGCUCCAGGGUCUUACGGAGGACCUAGGUCUCACGCCCACGCAGUACCAGACUGGUCUAUCGAUUCUGUUUGUGGGAUACAUCCUGAUGCAAGUGCCGAGUAACUUGAUGCUCAACUACAUGGGCCGCCCGUCGCUGUAUCUGGGCUCUUUCAUCACUGCUUGGGGAUUGGUCUCUGCUUUGACAAGCCAGGUCAAGGGGUAUGGCUCCAUUGUGGCUUGUCGUUUCAUUCUCGGACUGGUUGAGGCUCCAUUCUUCGCCGGCGUCCUCUUUUAUUUGUCCAAGUGGUACACGAGGAAGGAAUUGGCCUUCCGAAUGAGUAUCUUCUACUCUGGCUCCUUGCUGAGCGGUGCCUUUGGCAAUCUCAUCGCCGCCGGUAUUUUGAAGGGUCUCGGGGGUCACCGCGGCAUGUCAGCCUGGCAGUGGCUGUACAUCAUUGAGGGUUCUAUCACCAUCUUCGUCGGCAUCGUCAUCUGCUUCGUCCUCCCUGAUUUCCCAGAGACGUGGAAGGUGCUCUCCCCCGAGAUGCGCCGCGUCGCCGAACGCCGCCUGGCUAUCGAAGCCGCCGAGGCUGAUAUCGAUGAGGGGGGUGGUAUGUCUCAAAUGAAGGGUCUCAAACUUGCCAUGACCGACAUCAAGACCUAUGUCCUGGCCGUUGCAUACAUGUGUAUCACCGGCGCUGCGGGCUUCCAGAACUUCUUCCCCACCCUGACCAAGACCCUGCACUACAGCGACACUAUUUCGCUCCUGCUCGUUGCCCCGCCCUACAUCUUCAUGGUGGUUUACAGCCUUGCGCACUCAUACACCUCCGACAAAUUGGGCGUCCGCUUCUGGUUCCUAGUCUACCCAAUCCCCAUCUCCAUUCUCGGAUUCAUCCUCUUCUCCACAACCUCCGGCUUCGCGCCCCGCUACAUUUCCCUCUUCCUAAUGAUGUUCGUUUUCGCGCAAAACGGCACCUUGUACUCGUGGAUCGCCAACGCCAUCCCCCGCCCACCCGCCAAGCGUGCCGCUGCGUACGCCUUUAUCAACUCCAUCGGUAACUCGGCCAGUAUCUGGACCCCGUAUACGUACGUGGCCACGGAGUCGCCCAAGUACUGGACUGCGAUGGGUGUGAAUAUCGGUCUGCAGGUGUUGGGUCUGUUGAUGGCGGUGAUUAUGUACUUCAACUUGCGGAUGUUGAAUAAGAGGCAGGAGAGGUUGGAGAAUGAGGAUGUGCAGUUGACGGAGAAGGAGUUGCGGAGGUUGCAGGUUACGGCUGACAUGGAGGGGAUUGAUCUUGCGGCUGCGAGGCGCUUGCAGAAGGGUUUCCGCUAUGUGCUGUAG